ACUCUCGCACAGCUGAUCGCAUAGAAAACAUUUCAAUUUCCUCGGUUCUAUUUUUUCGUUUUCAUUCCUUCGCACAUAUUUUUUUUAAAAAAUUGGCCAAAAUAAAUGGAAUAAGUGAAUCUAGGUGAAGUUUGCGAUAAUCUUAUAGAUCCAACAUGUCCCUGCCCCGCAUCACUGACUACGAUCUGCUGGACAAGCUUGGUGUAGGCAGCUAUUCAACUGUAUACAAGGCUCGCCACAAGAAGGACCGCAGCUACCAUGCUAUCAAGAUUGUAGAAAUGUCGACUCUUUCGAACAGUUCCCGUGAAAAUCUUAUCACCGAAAUCCGACUUCUGCGCUCUCUCAACCAUAAGUAUAUUGUGACACUACAGGACUUCUUUUGGGACGAUAAAAAUAUUUACAUUGUUCUUGAGUUCUGCAAUGCUGGCAAUCUAUCAGCAUUCAUUCGUUCGAAAAAAGCGUUACCGGAGUCCACUUGUCGGUAUUUCCUACGUCAAUUGGCGGCUGCUGUGCAGUAUAUGCGUGCCAAUGAUGUUUGCCACUUUGACUUGAAACCUCAAAAUUUGUUGUUGACACGUAACUCCAAUGUAGUAUUGAAGGUGGCGGAUUUCGGUUUUGCGCAACAUUUGAAGUUAGGCGAGAUAAAUCAACAGCUAAAAGGGUCUCCUCUCUAUAUGGCACCGGAAAUUGUUCGCAAACAUCAAUACGAUGCGAAAGCCGAUUUGUGGAGCAUCGGUAUAAUCUUAUAUGAAUGCUUAUUCGGCAAAGCACCGUACACAUCAAAAAGUAUCGAAGAACUGUUACAGCGGAUACGUAGCGCGGAGAAAAUUACGAUACCAGCGAAUGCAAGUAUUAGCAAUGAGUGUCAAGAUCUACUCUGCCGUUUACUGGAACACGAUCCGGCCAAGCGUAUUUCAUUUGAUUCUUUUUUCAAACAUCCAUUUAUAGACCUUAAAACGCUACCAACAGAACAGACCUUACACAAAGCAGCAGAACUUGUCACCAAAGCCGUCGAAUAUGACGAAAAGCAAAAUUACAAAGAGGCUUAUUAUCUAUACUGUAGUGCGCUACAAUAUUUUGUGCCACUAAUUACUGAGGAAGCAGAUGCUAGCAAGCGACUGACGUUACGCAAUCGUGCACUUACCUACCUCAAACGCGCCGAAGAAAUCAAAAAUGUUCUAAUCGAUGCUGAAUAUAAGGCCGCAGCGGCAAAAGACCAGCAAAAAACCGGCGAGCAAAAGCCAAGCACCUCAACACCACAUUCCACACAACAGCCGCAAGCUAACAUAGCCGAAGUGUUAGAGCCGGAUGUGCGUUACAAGCAGCUAUUUGCUCUAUCACACUCGAGUCCGCAAUUGAAAAGUGCUCUAGAAAUUGGACGCCAAGGUGAGCUUUACUUAUACGAAAGAAAAUUUAGAGCAGCACUGGAUGCCUACACUUCAGCCUUGGGCAUGUUGGUGCCCUUUACAAACAACGAACCAAAGGGCGAGCGUAGAAACUUACUUUUACAACAGUUGGAGAUUUGGAUGAAAGAAGCUGAAAGCAUUAAAAGCAUUUUAUCUGCCAAAGAAAUGGUAGAUGAACAAAAAUUACCAUCGGUGCGCCAUUGUUCAAUACAGUAGUAUACACAUAGAAAAUUCCAUGUCGAUUUUUUUUGGAAUAAGACGUGUUAUACUAGCCGCUGCAAGUUAAAACAUGCGAAUUGAUAUUGAUUAAAUCAAAUUUAAUUAGUGUUCUCGCUUUUUUGGUAGCUUUAUAUAAACUUAAAAUGUGUUUACAUAUAAGUAGAUAUGUAUAUGAAUGUGAAAAUAGAAAAGUAGACAUGUGCUAUUUGCACUAGUAAAGGGAAAUACAAGUAGACACUUCAAUAACGUUUUUUUUAACCAUGCCAAGCAAUGAUGAGCAAGUACAUGAAAAGUAUAUAUUAUACUAAUAACUUAUAUACAUACAUAUAUUCAUACCUACUUGAAAAUAUGAGUAUAAUUUAUAUAGACAAUUCAAAAUGCAUCUUAUACUGUGAUGUAGUAGAGCAAAUGCAAAUACAUAUGCGUGUACAUAUACUCACAUACAUACCUAUGUAUAAUGAAAAGUAUACUUUUGUAAUUGUUGAUCUCUUUUAUGUAGAGUUUCCGUGUAACACGUAUCAAUAUUUAUUUACUAAAUGCUGAGUUUUACUUGUCAAUGUUCCGCUAAUGAUUUCUAAAUAAUUUGUGAUGUUUAAUUUUGUAAUAUAAAAUGAAUAACUAUUAUAUUAUAUUUUUUAUGCUUGUUUUUAAUCAGUUUUUAUUUGCUUAUUGUUUUUUUGUUUAUUUAUUAGCUAAGCUGUUUCAACAACUCAUUCCAUUCAAGUCAACAACAACCACAAUGGUUUUCAUACGCAUACAAGUUUUUAACUUUGGCUACAUUUUUA